AGCGGUGGAGCGGUGGUAGCUGUUACUUGUUAUCACUCAUUAGUGAUAAAAAUUUCGAGGGAUUGAAAAUAAUUCCCACUGUCUCUUUAUUUCUCUCUCUUCAUAGCCUACUUCGUCGAAAUGUAUAGUUCAUAGUUUCAUUUGAACGAAGAAUUAUCUAAGAUUCAUUACCUGUAAUUUAAACUCAACUGAAAAUCAAAAAUGGAUAUUCGAAAGUAUCUUUGCGAAUGGAAAUUAAGCGACGAUUUUAUCAAACGAAUCGAAACGUUUGCCAUUUGGAUUGACGAACAUGAGAAUAGUAAUGUCCUCUUCGUCACGAAAAACCGUGAAGUUUAUGCAGCUGAAAAGUUCAGCAAGUUCUGUGUAAAAAAUCCGUCUAUAGUGGACUCUAAGGCAGAAGCCAUGACCAAAACAGAAUUUUAUGAACCGGUGAAACUUUCUCCAUUAUGUGGAAAACGAAUAAAAAAGUUUGUAUUUGGGAAACAACAGAUUUUCAUUUGCGCUGAGGAAGGCGAAGUUUUUGUUUAUGGAUAUUACAGAUAUUACGACGGGAACAAAAAGACGUAUAGAUAUGUUCCUGUUGUACCUCAAAAAGUGCGUGCGCUGCUGGACUUGCCUGUGGUAGAUAUCGCCAUUGGACCACGGGAAAAACAUUUAGCUUUAUGUGAUGAUGGAAGGCUUUACGUGUUUAAUUUUGGAGAACUAGAACCGGCUGGAUCCUUAAAUUCGAUCAACACCAUGAAAGUAAAACUAUCGAAUGUACUUUACGUGACUAGAAACUUUGGUAUUUCAUUAUUGGAGAAUGGAAAAGUGAUGAAAAUAGAAAUUGGCGACGCAGAUUUUGAUACUGUUCCUAAAAACAUCUCACAAGGUAGUUACUGCGUGAUGAUGGAUUUUGAAAAUGUUGCCAAUCCUGGAAAAAUUGUCAAACUGAUCGGUGGAUAUUCAUAUGCGCUUGCUCUGGAUGAGAAUGGUAGUUUAUUUGUGACUGACUCUAACAGAAAUCAACAGCUGGGCAUUCAUCUUAAUAAUCCUAAAUCUCCCACGCUUUGUGAAAACUUCAUACUCAAUUCAUUUACUACCGAAAAGAUUGUUGACAUAGCUGUUAGUUGUUUUUGUUCUCUUUCAGCUGCGUUGACUGAAAGUGGCAAAGUAUACAUGUGGGGCAAAGGUCGAGGAGGAAUCAUUUCCGAACCUCAACUUACACCGUUCGAAUCGCUUCAUGAAGUUUUCUAUCAUUAUUCUUCGCCUUCAUUGGUCACUUACAAACCAAUAAAUGUUAACGAAUUACCAGAUUCAACUUCAAAAUCAAUGAAAAAACUCGAUCCUGUAGAUGCUCAGAAUUCAUUACUUGAUUCGUUCAAAAAAGCUUUCGAUGAUCCGAAAUUCUGCGACCUAUUUGUUGUGGUGGAAGGUAAAACAAUUCCAGUCCAUAAAUCAAUAUUAGCUGUACGAUGUGAACAUUUCGCUGAAGUGUUCCAGAACGAUUGGUCUAUUGAGAAACCGAGCGUUCUAGAAAUUGAGGAUGGUGAUUUCAAUGUGUAUAAAGCUUUCCUCAAAUACGUAUACACAGAUCAAAUGGAUGAUACGUUAUCCUUCGACGAACUUAUGGAUUUACUCAGCUUGGCGAAUAAAUAUAAUGUGAAAUUGUUAGCCGAACGUUGUGUAUCGUUGGUACAGAGGAGUAUUACUGUUGAAAAUGUUGUAUCUUUGUAUGAACGUGUAAUUGUAAUGAGUAACGUUACGAAGAUGAAAGAUAUUCUCAAUCAGUUGAAGGAAUCCUGUGUGAAGUUUUGUGCGAACAAUUUUUUUGCAAUUGCAGUUUCAGACGAAUUUGCCAAAUUAAAUGAAAGAAUGUCGAAAGAAUUGGUUGUGGAAGUUGGUAAACUUAGAAUUAAAGAAUAAAAUGUAGCUAGGUAUAACAGUCAAGCGAAAUAAUGCAAGUGUUCUUUCAUACCUGCGUAUUCAUAUCUUUGUGAUUUUAGAUUUAAUAAGACUUUGUACUACGAGUAUACCUAUACCUACUUA